UUCUUGCGCAGCCGCAGUUCCAUGUAAACACAACCGAGGUUGUAUCUUGGGGCUAACAUCAGUGGCUCAGUUUAGCUGAUAGGGAUUUUUUUUUCUCGGGCUGUUGUAAAACGGUUUUUUUAAUCGUCGCUUUAGAGAAACGAACGUCAUUACUUAAUGUUGGACUCGACCAACAUAUGAAGAGCACCGGCUUAGAAGGCUAGCUCGCGUUGACGUUAGCAUUAGCUUGUACCUGAUGAUAAAGGGCUUUAGCCUGACUUGUUAUCUAACUAACCGGUCGGUUUAACAAUUAAAUCGUGUAGCGGUGGCCCUAUACCGUUGUACGGUCGUUGUGUUGGUCUGGUAGGAUGACUUAUAACGCCACGUCAUUAUCUGGUGUAAUUAUCUAGCUAGAAAGAGCUAGUUUUGUUAAUUCAGGCGCUAGGCCUUCGACGGACAUCGUACAAGCUACGAUUCUCGAGUCGGCAACGUCAACUCGCCACGUCCUUCAGUCAAGUCUUAAGAAACACACAAAAAAGGAGAGCUGACUGAUUUCGUGACAUCAUAUGUUGACUGACAACAGGAAACGACAGCGCAGUGGCGGCGGUGGUGAUGAGGAGAGCGGCCACCUGGUGCCCCAAGCCAAAAGGCAAAGCAGAGCUCAUCCUCUCUCUCCUGAGACAGGCCGGGAUGCCUGGGACUCUGAGUCGUCCAACAGUGAGAGCAACAGCAGCAUCAGCAGCCCGGAACAUGCAGCUGGGAGCUGUAGCAGUCGGUGUGCUGUGGGCUCCUGUAGCCCCCACAGCUCUGGCGACUCUUCAGAACUGCCCGGCUCCACAAACCUGGUGUCCUACCUGCAGAUCAACCGGGUCCUGAAGGAGGCCCACUUCCAGAGCCUGCAGAGCCGAAACCAUGUCAGAGACACAUGAUGACUCGCCGUCUCUCCGUCAGCCGGACGUCCAAGAGACCAAAGUGUGUUGGACCGCCACAUGCUGAAUCACUUCACUUAGCUCUUCCCCACCCAUCUCCAGUUACUGUGAAAUCUCACAGCUCUGCAUAUCUGUGGUUGGAGAGCAGCUCCUUGUCAGGUAUCUGAAGGGUGUUCACCAUACAAAUAAAUCAAAGUGAUAAUCAUGUUAGCAAUAAUAACUGUGCGAUCCAUUCAAACAUAUUUUGUGAUCCACUGGAUUUCUGACAAGUUUGGUUUACAUGUCGCUCCAAGAGCCUUUUUAGUGACUGACUGAUGACGAUGAUGAUGGCGAUGAACCCCUGUGUUUUAAAUAUUGUAUGAAAAUAGUGCUACUGGAGCUGCACAAAUGGCACCAAACACAAUUUUCGGCAGGUUAGUGUGAUUGAUUUAGUCUCCUAGUAGGGUUGUUUUUGUUUUUUUUGCUGAACCUGUCUGUGUUUGUACAUGGACCAGUCUCAGGGAGGAUUUGCACUUGUCUUGGGCUGCUUGUUUGUUUUCAUAUUCAGAAGGGGCCUCUGUUACUGGCGGCUGUAGAUGCCAUGGGUCUUAACUUGCCCUUGGAAGCUCUUUUCUCUCCUUACUUUGUUAGUGAAUAGCGUUUAAAUAUCUUGUCAGUAGAUUCCACUUGGACGUAGCAGGAGAGUCAAACCAUGCAGUGACUUGGUUUUUGCUCGGAUCAGAAAUGAAACAAUUUCACUGCCAAAAGAAUUGAAUUGAAUUAUGUGUAAAAUUUGACCUAAUUUUGAGUUUAAAAAUUUGGUACCUUUUUUCUUUUCUUUUUUUUUAAAUUCUGUAUUUAACUAUAAUUAUUGUGCAGAUUUGCAGCGUUGGCAGUUAACAGUCCCCAGGUGUUGCUUUCAAGCCCUCACCAGCAUUUUACCUAAUUAUUUUUCUCAUAGCAUGUCGAAAGUAAAUUAUUUCAGCCAGUGUGCACUUUGUUAGUCAACAUCGCCCACCCGAGCUUCUCGUGAUUACUGGACAAGAAGCUAAUGUGGUCAAUGUACAAAUUUGAGAACGUAGUUGCUGUAAACACCUGAUGGAAAGAAGCCAACGCCUACUUGAAAAGAAGUCAUGACAGAAUGACAUCGGGGUCCUGUUUGCAUUUUGCUUCGUGUCAUCUUGGUGUAGCUUCUCCCCUCCGCUCUGUGCUCACGCAUACAUUGUUUUGAUUUCAGAAUUAAACAUAGUUGUUAUAAACUGAUGACAACUGCAACCAAAGUUAACAGUCCGAGUAUAAUAUUUCUCUUCUGUGAUGGUUCUCCUGUGCUGGUCAUCCAUUUAUUAGCCCACUGACCAUAGACGUAAAGCAAUAUGACGUUGACACAACAUUGUGUUUGUAGAUUCUGAGUAAAUCGACGCAUACUUCAUCUUGAGCAUCUUAUCGAAUAAUUGCGUCGAUACAAAUUUGUUUCAAAACUAUAACGAUAUUGCGAUCACGAGUGUUCUUGUUGUGUGAUCUUGAGAAAGUGUGAUUGUUUCGUUUUUCGGGGUACAUGACAAAAUGAACACUCAUGAACUCCGCAACCCCCAAGUUUUGUGUUUCACUCUAAUUCUUUCUUCUCCCUCUCUCUUUGACGUGGCGGUUGAGCAUGUUGGGGAAAUGUCGUUUGUCCAGAGGCAUUUUCAGUUUAGCCUUUAGUGACGGAACGACAUUCCCAUGGCUUUGUUUGCAAUAUCACUGAAGCCACUCAAAAUGGUGUUCUAGAAUCAGACGAGCCUUUCUGCCUGUGCACCACCAUUCAAUGGUUGCUGCAUGAAUGUCCAUGUGCACUGAACAUCCAGGUACAAGCACUGACCACAUGGCUGUGCACAUCUCCUUCAGUUCAAGUGGGAUAGGCCCUGGACCUUUUUUUUAAUCCCAGGGAGUGUGAGCUCAGCUUUUUUUUUUGUUUUGACUAUAUUGUGUCAGAAAGGAAUUAGAAGAUGUGGUUGCUUUUAUUUUUUACAAUAUUUUUGUAUCUUGUAAAAUGCACAUGACAUUAACCUGCCAUUAUUUUAUUUUUUUUUCUUGUAAAUAUCACUUCAUUUCAAAAAAAUAAAAAAAUAAAACGUAA